AUGUCCAAUAGUAAUAGUGAGACAGUGAAAUUCUCGGACGAGGAAUGGAAAAAACGAUUGACGCCGACGCAGUUUCAAGUACUGCGUCUUAAAGGAACGGAACGAGCUGGUACUGGAGAGUAUAACAAACACAAGGAGACGGGAGUGUAUGUCUGUGCUGGAUGCAAGACACCUGUCUAUACGUCUACGACCAAGUUCGACUCGGGAUGUGGCUGGCCUGCGUUUUAUGACGCCAUUCCCGGUGCUAUCAAGGCUGUUGCUGACGAGGACGGACGUCGCACCGAGAUUAUGUGCGCCAAGUGCGGCGGUCACAUGGGUCACGUGUUUAAAGGUGAAGGUUUUAAGACACCGACUGACGAGCGUCACUGUGUGAACAGCGUGUCACUCAUCUUCCACGAAGGGGAGGUUCCUUCUCAGUGA